UGGAGCCCCCACUCCUGACGCCAGUAGCCCUGACGGCCCCACCGUGUUUGGUGGUGAACCCGUAUAUUUAGUAAAAUAUACUUCUUUUACAUUGACUGGACUGAGAAUGGUUAAUUAUUACGUCAUAGUGUAACGUCAUUAUCAAUGAACAUAUCAUUUUUAUGAAAAAAAUUGUUAAAUUAUACGACAGUUAAUAAAAUUUUUCACAGUAAUGCACGUAUCUUAUUUUCUUUUACUUAUUUCUUAUUCUUGCUUCAUUUGCAAUGAAGUGUUUUGACUUCACCUGCAGUGCAUACAGUGUUUGAGCGAAAAAGCUGAAAAAGACGCAGUUGUUGUUUUUCUUGAUUUAGGGCAUUACAAUUUUACGAAAACAUGAAUCGUCAUCCAAAUGUAGAUUAUAAAAAUCGUAGUGAGCCCCAAGUUGAAUUAGAAAGUCAAUUUAUUUUACGUUUACCACCGGAACCAUCACGAGUUUUACGAGAAAUUUUACGCUCUGGAUUGCCCAUAAAAGAUAGACUGAGUAUUAAAUUAGAAAAUGAUAUGCGUUAUGGUGAGGUUAGAUUUGAUCAUUGGUUACUUCAUGCUAAGGUUGUGGACUUACCAACAAUUGUGGAAUCUUUAAAAACUAUUGACAAUAAAAGUUUUUACAAAACAGCUGAUAUAUGCCAGUUGUUAAUUUGUAAGGAAGAAGAUGAUCAUACCACAACGGAUGAAGAAAGUCCAGUAAGACAGAAAAAGAAAGACCCAAAUAAAGUAGACAAGAAGUUUUUAUGGCCACAUGGGAUAACGCCUCCUACAAAAAAUGUCAGGCGCAGAAGAUUUAGAAAGACUUUGAAAAAGAAAUAUGUAGAAGCUCCAGAAAUUGAGAAAGAAGUUAAACGUUUAUUAAGAGUAGAUAAUGAUGCUGUUAAUGUAAAAUGGGAAGUGAUUUGUGAGGAUGAAGAUCAAUCUAAACCUAGCAAAGUAUCAUCAUCUGGCACAGUGAAAACUAAACGUGAAAGUAUUAAUGGUAAUACUUCCCAGAGUCUUGAUGUUGCUGAGCAUGAUAUAUUUGGUGAACCAGUAAGUGACAGUGAAGAUGAUGAGGAAGCAAAUAUAAAUGUAAUGGAAUUGGAUGAAAAUAGCAGACUCUCAGCUGACAGUAGAGUAUCAGAUUCUAAUUCCAUGCAAGCUACAUAUUCAGAAAGAUCUGCUAAUAAUGCAGCAACAAGCAACACUCUUGUUACGGAAUUUAGUAAGGAAAUGUUUCAAAAUGACAACAAUAUAGAAACAGAAGGAGAAAAAGCAGAGGAUGCAUCACCAUCAAAAGUACCCAAACUUGAACAGUUUCAUUCAGAGUAUAUAAUUCCGGAUAGUUUCACAGAAAUGCCUCCUGCUCCCACAUCAAAAGACUCGUUACAAACGCGCCUUGCGACUUUACAUACCGAAUUAGCCGAACUGCGACAAAGAAGACAGCAACAAGAACUUGAGAUUGCUAACAUCGAAAAUGUUAAGUUAAGACAAAGAUUCCAAGAAAUAUUGGACAAUUUAUUAACGCAGGAAAUGCAAAAAGUUCAAGAAAUUCAAGACUUGGAACUGGGAUAAUUUUUGUGUUAUACCAUUAAAUAAUUAAACAGUGUGAUCAAUGUAUAAAUAUAUUUGUUCAUGAAAUGUUCAUUCUUUAAAUCAGAGGUAUCUGAAUUGUAUAUUUUUCUUAAAUUUUUGUAUUGUAAUGAAUUUAAGUUGUGAUUUAAUUCUGUGUUUUAUUAUGUAAUAUCUUUGAUAUGUAUAUAUACUGAUGAUUAAAUAAGUUGCAAAUUC